AUGCGGUGCCAACAGCUCUGUCUCGCCGUCCUUGGACUCUCAAGCCCAGCCUUUGCCGGUUGGUUUGGCUCGGACUGGGUUUGUGAUGCCGGCAUCUACGCUCAAUACACUGCUCUGGCCAGUUAUGCGCCGGCUUUGCAGUAUUGUGCUGACCGUUUCCCUGAGCCGGCAGUGACUGUCACCGUCACGGUGUCUGGCCACUCUUCUCCCUGGUCGCACAAGCGUUCGCGAGGUCCCCCAAACGGUCCCCCAAACGGUCCCCCCAAUCCGCUCAACUCGCUGCAGCAGCAGCUAGAGCAUCUCCCCUCGGAUCAGCAGAAGACGGCCUGCUCAUGUAUUGAGGUUACAAUUGAGCCCACAUGGAAGACUUGGACCUUCCCAGUUGUUCCUACUACCUCUGCGACGCUCCCUUCUACAACAGCAACUUUCACCACCAGCACUAUUCCAAGCACCACGACGACGACGACGACGACGACGACAACCACGACAACCACGACAACUUCUCCAACAACGACAACCACUACGACUACACCUACAACCACUACCUCUACCACUACGAUAACAACUACAACCACUACCCCUACCACUAAGACAACAACUACAACUACCACCACACCACCACCACCACCACCACCACCACAACCACCUCUUCACUCUCCACGUGCCCGACCGGCGAAUCGACCGUCUCAGGCGGAGGCUGCGGCGAAUCUGAUCCCAGUGGCCGGCAAUGACGGGAACCCGAACUGGGACAUCCUCCCGCAACCGAACUUCGCGGCGUGCCUGCAGCAGUGCGACGACAACGGCUUCUGUGACGGCUUCAACUACAACGACGCGACCGGCGAGUGCCAUCAGUUCCUCUACACGGGCUUCACGGUAGUCGCUGCCCCGGGCAUCGACAGCGCCCAAUUCAUCGCCGGUACUUGCAGCGAUACUGCCUGCAAUGCCUACGAGUGCCCGAGUGCGAAUCCAGAGUGUCCGUCAUAG